AUGACAAAGUUUGCUCCGCUCCUAGUGGCGGCUACCUUGCCGCUUUCAUAUGCCUUUGUCGUCAACAAUGGCACCGACUGCUACCUCUAUCCUGAGUCCCUCACUCACUUUGGUCAACCAGUCGAUGACAGCCCUUCCAUUUUGCAGGCCUUCGAGCUUUGCGGCAUCAACGGCACCGUCAUCUUCACGAACCAUACGUUUCACAUCAACCAGGUCAUGAAUACAACGAACCUCGUGAAUGCAAACGUCGAGAUCGAAGGAGACCUCGUUUGGUCGAACAACAUCCCCUACUGGCUCUCCCACAGCAUCGACGUCGUCUAUCAAAACCAGUCCACUGCCUGGCUCUUCGGAGGCACCAACGUCUCCCUGCGUGGCAAAGGUGGUUCUUUCAACGGCAACGGACAGGCCUGGUACACACAGAAUCGCAACAAUAGCAACGAGCCCGGUCGGCCCAUCUCCAUCACCUUCUUCAACUCGACGAAUCUGUGUAUCGAUGGAUUGAACAUUGUCCAGCCACAAUUCUGGGCCAGCUUCAUCUCGCACUCUCAGAAUGUCACUUUCACGAAUGUGUAUAUCAAUGCCACGACAAACGACGAAUGGGGAUUGGCCAACACUGAUGGCGGGGACACUUGGAACUCUCGAGACAUUCUCAUCGCCAACUGGACAGUGCAAGGCGGCGACGAUUGUUUUGCAGCAAAGGGCAACACCACGAAUCUUGUCGUUCGGAAUGUCAGCUGCCAUGGUACGAGCGGCAUGACCAUUGGCUCGGUAGGCCAGUAUCCACUCACACCAGACUACGUGGAGAACGUUCUUUUCGAAGAUGUUCGCCUUUACAAUUCGAUGGACGGCGCCUACAUCAAAACCUGGCAAGGCGUCCCGCAGUCGCAGACCGGCAACGGAGACAGUGGUGGCGGAGGUAGUGGCCUGGUCCGCAACAUCACGUUCCGAAACUUCCAAGUCACCAACGUCAUCAUCCCUAUCGAGAUCACCCAGUGCAUCUACAGCGAGACUUCUGGAGCGGAUGUGUGCGACUCGUCGAAGAUGCAGAUUCAAGACAUCCACUUCGAGAACUUCACCGGCACUUCGAGGUUCAACCUGGCCUCUUCCUUGCACUGCGCGGCGACCCAUCCCUGUCCUGACGUCUUCUUCAAAGACGUGCAUCUCACUUCCGUGAACCAGACUCUGGGACUGCCGCUGUUCAAUACCACUCUGCAGGAUGAGGUGUAUCAGUGUGCCAACAUUGUGAACCAGAAUACGACGAGGUGAGUUUCUGGGAUCCGGUCGACCGAUGAAGGGUGCUCUUGUGCUAAUUUGAGUGCAGUGGAAUUCCCUGCAAUCACUGGGCACCGGACAAUUUCGGCCAAUCUACUGAUCACAAUGUGCAGUAA